AUGGGCUGGUAUCAGCUGAGCCUGUUCCUCAUAAUCUCACUCUCUGAUAUCCCGGUGUCUUGGGCAAUGUUAUCUCUUAUCUUCACGGGGGACGACGCCAGUUGGAGGUGUCCAAUCGCGCGCACCAACGUCACUUCCGCUGCAGACGACUAUUUGACGGACAAUUCCACCACGCUUUUUGACUCUUUACUGUACGAUGUCAGCUCCAAUGUCAACAUUGUCAGUGAUGGCACACUGUCAAAUGUGUCAAAUGUUACCAAAAAUUCUAGUGACAUGUACACGUAUAAUACUUGCACUGCAGAUAACCAAGUCUGUCCAGGAAUUGAAUUCACUUCAGAAUCAUCGACAAUCGUUACAGAGUGGAAUCUUGUCUGCAACUUGGCCCCAGUGAGUGACCAGAUCACCUCCUUGCAGAUGAUCGGGGUGUUUUUUGGCUCCUUCAUUUACGGACAACUGGCGGACUCGUUUGGUCGGAAGAAGGCGUGGUUCGGUGGUAUUCUUCUUAUGUGUUUGACCGGAUUUGCCCAGAUAUAUGCUCCAACUUGGUAUGUGUUUGCCAUACUGAGGCUUAUCACAGGCAUAAGUCUUGGAGGCACCAUAGUGGUUGGAUUUGUAUACCCCAUGGAGUUUAUUGGAAUCCGGUGGCGCGCGUUUACCGGAUCCAUAGGAUUGUGGCCUGUCGGCUUGGGUGCACUGGCGGCAUUUGGCUUUACUAUUAAGGACUGGAAACAGAUUAUGUUAGCCACCACACUGCCCGGACUGGCCCUGCUACUGUUUUGGUUUUAUAUUCCCGAAAGCCCCAGAUGGCUGGUGACAAGAGGUCGGUACAAAGAGGCAGAAGAAAUCAUGCAGAGAAUAGCCAGAAGGAAUAAAAAAGAAAUGCCAGACUUUGCAGAAUUUGUCGCAAAUUAUGAGGCCAAUAAGAACCAGGCCAAGACACGCGAUUAUAGAAUUCAUGACUUAUUUCGCACCCCUAGACAAUCCAGGUUGAUCGUGAUGUUAACGUACAUUAUGUUCAGCAUGGCCCUUUUCGUAUAUACCAUGGGGUUCAACGUGAAAAAUCUCCCCGGAGGCAAGGCGAUUAACUUCGCGAUAGGGUUUGGAAUAGGUUAUCCUACUAGCCUGUUCUCCAUAUAUCUCAAUAACUGUCUAGGACGCCGGUGGACAUUUAUUGGCUUGACAGCACUAGGCGGGGUCCUAACGCUCUCUGUCAUCUUGCUUGACGUGUUUGGUGUCUAUGAGACGGCGUGGUUGGCGGUGGCCUUGGUGUCCACACUGGGUCGGACGUGUGUUCUGACAGGCUGGACAGCUGCUAUGAUUAUCUCAUCAGAGCUGCUGCCAACUCCUAUUAGAGAUAUAGGUGUGGCCGUAGCGAUGGGAGGAAGUCGGCUUGGAUCCAUAGUAGCACCUCAGUUGGUAUAUCUAUCAAAACUCGACAGAAGAUAUCCGUUCAUCAUCGGCGGAGUCUUCGCAAUAGGAGCGGCAAUUACCGGAUGGUUCCUGCCAGAAACAAAGGGGCAAGCCUUAGAAGACGAUGUGCCAAAAUGGACGUGGUGCUUCUGUUGUCCAUGCGGGUGCGCACGGAACGAUGUCGACGAGGAUUCGAAAUCAGUAAAUGAUGAAUUUGCCGAUAAUGACGAAAAAGAACCCCUCGAGGGGCAUGAUCACAACGUGGAUGCGUUAUCUGACGGAAUGGAUUACCUUAGCGCUUUUGGAAGUAUAGGAACACUUGACUUGCAGUGGCCCUCUUUUACCAAUUUGCACUUAACGGUGCCUCACGAGGUGAAGCAUCGUGGGAAAUAUGUUCAGUUGGAGGAUUUAAACCGCGAAACGAUAAUAUAAACACUUGUCUAAAGCGGCAGAUUAUGGCGCCAUUGUGGCCUGGCUGAUGCAGACAACGGUUAAGGCACAUGUGCCAAGACGGCUACAUUUUGAAAGAAUAAUUUGUUUUUCGUUUGUGUUUGCAGCAUAUGCCUGUGAUUAAUUAAAAUAUAUUGAUAUGUA